ACCGUGUUCGUCACCACGGCAAACAAUGCGCUACGCUUUCCAUUCCCUUCCCGGCGCUGCCGGCAUGACAAGUUCCUCCAAUCAUGCUAAUACGCAUCCCUGCGCUUUCUCUCUCGCCCUUCCAGCUCUCCCUAACCGCGGCCGCCCGUCACCUCGGUGACCCGUUUCUGUGCGGCUGGUCCGGUCGACUCAGGCCGCGCAGCCACCGAACGUGUCAAGCACGAUGCGCAAGCUCGCGGGCGCGCUUCUGUGCAGCCGGACGGCAUUUAGCCGGCGGGAAGCAGCAAGGGUUCGGGUUCGCGACUCAGGCGGUGCUCAGGGAAGAUUUGUGGAGAAACGCGGAGGGGCGCAUCGGGUCAGGGACCUGGGCAGCGCAACGAAAAUAAAUGGACCGACGGGGUGUGAUGAAAAUCAUUCCAGCGCUACGGCAGCGCGUGGGGGUCCCCUUUGGUCGGCUUGGAGCCUUGGUUGCGUAUACUGUAGGCAGGACCA